GGGAGGAAUCACGGGGCUCAGAGGGACGCCCCCUCCCUCCGCAGGAUGGUCCGCUCCAUCCCUCCGCUGGAGGCUUCCUUACCCCCCUCCCGCGGGGGAGAGGGCUGUACCACUGCCGGGGGCGGGGGGGGUGGAGCGUACCACUGUCUAGGGGCGGGGCUGCCGAAGGGGGCGGAGGCAGGUGGCUCGCGGGCACCCUUCGCGUCACAGAGUCCUCUGUGACGUGACUCCGCCUCGUCGUUCGAGCGGCAGCGAUUGGCUGAAGGAGAGCAGCGGCGAGUGUUCUCAGCACCACCCCGAGCCGGGCUCGGCCUGGAAGUACCUCGUGACGUCAUCUAGCCCGGAGUCAAGACAACAGAUUUGCUUUCAUUGCUGAAUGGUACGACCCAAAUGCAUCUCUCUUUCGACGCUUUGAACUCUUGUAUUAUCCAAAAGAUGGAUCAGUUGAAAUGUAUGACGUGAAGAACCAUCGCACCUUUCUGAAGCGCACUAAAUACGAUGGCUUACACCUUGAGGAUUUGUUCAUAGGCAACAAAGUUACUGUGUUUUCCCGACACCUUUCCCUAGUUGACUAUGGGGACCAGUAUACAGCCCGCAAGCUGGGCAGCCGCAAAGAAAGAACACUGGCUUUGAUUAAGCCUGAUGCAGGACCCAGGAUUGGAGAGCUAAUUGAUAUCAUUAUUAAUGCUGGGUUUACAAUAACCAAGGCCAAAAUGAUGGUGCUUUCACGGAAAGAAGCAAUGGAUUUCUAUGUAGACCAUCAAUCCAGGCCUUUUUACAAUGAGCUUCUCCAGUUUAUUACAAGUGGUUCCAUUGUUGCCAUGGAGAUUUUAGGAGAUGAUGCUGUGUCUAAAUGGAAGAUGUUACUGGGACCUGCAAACUCUGGUGUGGCACAGACUGAAGCUCCAGAUAGCAUUCGAGCCACAUUUGGAAUAGAUGGCAUAAGAAAUGCAGCUCAUGGCCCUGACUCUAUUGCUUCAGCAGCUCAAGAACUGGAGCUGUUUUUCCCUUCAGGUGGAGGUCGCGGACCAGCCAAUAGUGCAAAAUUUAUAAACUGUACAUGUUGCAUCAUUAAGCCUCAUGCUGUUAAUGAAGGGCUCCCUGGAAAGAUUAUAAAAGCCAUCCUUGAUGAAGGAUUUGAGAUCUCAGCUUUGCAGAUGUUCAACUUGGAGCGUGCCACUGUGGAAGAGUUCUAUGAGAUUUACAAAGGUGUUGUUGCUGAAUACACUGAGAUGGUCACAGAACUGUGCUCGGGUCCUUGUAUAGCACUAGAGAUCAUUCAGCCUAAUCCUCCAAAAAUAUUCAGAGACUUCUGUGGGCCCUCUGAUCCUUGCCCAGCACCAAUGGCAUCACACAUCCCUAUGAAGGAAAUAGCCCGUCACCUCCGGCCUGGAACUCUGCGUGCUCUUUUUGGUAAAAACAAGAUUCAGAAUGCUGUCCACUGCACAGAUCUACCAGAGGAUGGGCUGCUGGAGGUUCAGUAUUUUUUCAAGAUUCUUGACAAUUAAAAUAAAACAGUAGAACAUGGACAAACAGCUAUGGUUUCAUUUCCCGAAGAGGAAAAAAAGCCACAAAGAGGUGUGUGUGUGUGUGUGUGUUCAUUCAUUUAUUUCUCCAAUGUUUUAACCUGACUGAAAUACAAGAUCAACAAGAGCACUGUACUCCUGGCUAUUAUUACAUAAUGUUAGAACAUAGAGGCUUGCACUUUAGACAACAUUUAACACCAUUCUAUGGGGUACUGCAUUGCUUUUAUAAAGUUUAAAAUAAAGAUUUAUUUUCACA